GCCAUAAGAAGUAAUUCUUAUUACCAUGAAACCGUAACUUAUUUGGAUUGGUUACUUUUUUCUUGAUAAGAUUAUCGUCUCAAAUAUAAAUAAAUGUGCUUAUAAGAUGGUGUAAAUAAUCUGUCAUUAUCACACUGUUCAUACGACCAAGUCUUCCAGGAACAAUUUCCGUCAGUGAACAGAGUAUCAUGUACUCCGGUUGUGUUUCAAACCUGGUUAAGUGCACUGGAUCAGCAUUCUUUUUCCAACAAUGAGCUACUUGCUUCGAAAACGAUGAGUGUAAAGUGUAGUCCAAGAUUAGCCUGUGCAGUCUGCAUAGGCUAAUCAGCGACGAAACUUUCCACCCAAACUGGAUUUUUUAUAUGAAAUUACUUCCUUUCAACCAAAAAUACCAUGAAAGCAGAAAGUGUCGUCCCUGAGUUGGGAACAACAGCUUACCCGAAACAAAGCUGAAAUAUAUGUAACAAUGUGACUGCAAUCAUACUUUUUGUUGUACAAGUUGUCUUUUUCAUUUACUUGGAUGAACCACUUAAAUAUAUUUGCACAAUUUUUCAAGAAAAAAAUGUUUUUUUUAUGUUUUUACAACUUGUUGCAAUGUUUAUGUGCUUAUGGAUUUUCUCAUAAAGUUUAUUAUGUUAGAUGACCAAAACUUUGUUUAUAAUGUCAUAAUGAAAUGUGUAAAAAUCGAUUGCCUGUUGUGCACAUAUGCUUUUAAGUUAUGUUCAAACUGACAGUCCCAAUGCAUUUUUAUGAUUUGUAUCAUGAGAGAUAUAUUGGCCAUAUUUUCUUUUGUUAUUGCUAUUUAAUUGGAUUUUUGCUUGUUAAUUUAAUGAUAUCUUGUAUUUUAGAAUAUGUUUUCGUAAACUGUCUAUUCUGCAAAUAUUUAUUAAUACAAAAACAUUUACUGUUAUGAUUGUUGUGAAUACAUUUGUGUACCUUGUUAAAGAGUACGUAUGGGAACAUGUGAAUACAUUUGUGUACCUUGUUAAAGAGUACGUAUGGGAACAUGUGAAUACAUUUGUGUACCUUGUUAAAGAGUACGUAUGGGAACAUGUGAAUACAUUUGUGUACCUUGUUAAAGAGUACGUAUGGGAACAUGUGAAUACAUUUGUGUACCUUGUUAAAGAGUACGUAUGGGAACAUGUGAAUACAUUUGUGUACCUUGUUAAAGAGUACGUAUGGGAACAUGUGAAUACAUUUGUGUACCUUGUUAAAGAGUACGUAUGGGAACAUGUGAAUACAUUUGUGUACCUUGUUAAAGAGUACGUAUGGGAACAUGUGAAUACAUUUGUGUACCUUGUUAAAGAGUACGUAUGGGAACAUGUGAAUACAUUUGUGUACCUUGUUAAAGAGUACGUAUGGGAACAUGUGAAUACAUUUGUGUACCUUGUUAAAGAGUACGUAGGGGAACAUGUGAAUACAUUUGUGUACCUUGUUAAAGAGUACGUAUGGGAACAUGUGAAUACAUUUGUGAACCUUGUUAAAGAGUACGUAUGGGAACAUGUGAAUACAUUUGUGUACCUUGUUAAAGAGUACGUAUGGGAACAUGUGAAUACAUUUGUGUACCUUGUUAAAGAGUACGUAUGGGAACAUGUGAAUACAUUUGUGUACCUUGUUAAAGAGUACGUAUGGGAACAUGUGAAUACAUUUGUGUACCUUGUUAAAGAGUACGUAUGGGAACAUGUGAAUACAUUUGUGUACCUUGUUAAAGAGUACGUAUGGGAACAUGUGAAUACAUUUGUGUACCUUGUUAAAGAGUACGUAUGGGAACAUGUGAAUACAUUUGUGUACCUUGUUAAAGAGUACGUAUGGGAACAUGUGAAUACAUUUGUGUACCUUGUUAAAGAGUACGUAUGGGAACAUGUGAAUACAUUUGUGUACCUUGUUAAAGAGUACGUAUGGGAACAUGUGAAUACAUUUGUGUACCUUGUUAAAGAGUACGUAUGGGAACAUGUGAAUUUAAAAUGCAAGAUGUCAUUAUUAUUUGGUAAAUUGGUUAAUAGAUACACAUACUUUAAUUUGUUGAAAAAUAUGUACCUUAAUACAAUAAAAAUAUUAUAUGUCUGAGGAAUUGUAUUGCAGUGACAUCUAUCACCAGAAAAUUCUGGUCUGUGUAUCUUAAGUUUUGCUUAAUGGAUGGCUUUUAAUUAAAUAUUUAUUGCUGCUUUUUGUAUCUUUGUUCAGAUAUUGUUAUGGAAUGGGCAUACAUGCUAUAUUUAAAUAAUGGUGCAUGUACCUAAGGUAUAAAGCAUGCUCUGUAAAUAAACAUACCUGUUUGUUAUUUAGCUUAAGAUGAUCACAUCGUAUGGGCUUACAACACUCAUUGAAUGGCAUCCCACUAACAGAGUAAAAACAUAUGUUUCUGAUAACAUUUAUUUGUGCUGUACAUUUAUUUGUAGCCUGUGUUUUGGUAACAUUUGUAUGUGCUAUACAAUCAUGUGUUCAUUUACCCUGUAAUUAACCAAUGAGUUGUUAAGAACUUCAUUGUUUUAUUUUGUAUUCACCUUUCUUAUUUUUGUAUCUUGACGCAUAAUUUCAUUGAUAUUGUUGACAAUGUAGGACUAGACAGAUAUUUAAAUAAAAAUAAUAACUACAA